AUGGGUAUACUCGAUGGGCCUACUCCUCUGGAUUCAUUGUUUACCAAACACGAUGGAAACAUAACUCAUUCUUGGACGCUUCAAGUUGAAACUGAAGUAGAAGUCUACAAGUUGUAUAAGGAAGUCCUAGACACUGACGAUCUGAAUAAUGUUACUCUAGAGAGAGAACGUCACCUAAAUUACUUGUUGAGCGGAUCAAAAGGAUUGAACAAGUAUUUCGUGGUCCUUGAUGCUAGUAGACCAUGGAUCUGUUAUUGGGUUGUGCAUGCUUUGGACAUCCUUGGACGCACGAUUGAACCCGAUUUCAUGCGAGGUUGUAUCGAAAUGCUUUCCAAAUAUCAGAACCCGACAGGAGGCUUUGGUGGCGGAUUCGGUCAGCUUUCACACUUGGCUGCCUCAUAUGCUGCUGUAAAUGCUUUGGCUGUUUUUGGAACCCAAGAAGCUUAUGACGUAAUCGACAGAGAGAACCUUUACAAGUGGCUUUUGAGCCUAAAACAGCCCGAUGGAUCUUAUAUCAUGCACAAAGGAGGAGAAGUUGAUGUGCGUGGUGUCUACUGCGCUCUUUCUAUAGCAGUGCUGACUAAUAUACUUACACCCGAAUUGAUCGAAGGAACCCCAGAAUGGAUAAAAAAAUGCCAAACAUACGAAGGCGGUAUUGGUGGUGUUCCUGGUAUCGAGGCACACGGCGGAUACGCGUUCUGCGGUCUGGCUGCGAUGGAACUUAUGGGAACUUCUGAAAAACUGGACAUCUCCAAGUUAUUAAGAUGGGCCGUCUCUCUACAAAUGCCACUUGAAGGUGGAUUCCAAGGUCGACCAAACAAACUUGUUGACGGAUGUUAUUCGUUCUGGGUUGGUGGACUGUAUCCACUGCUCGAAACGAUCACGCUGCGUCAACAGUUGAGAGAGAAGAAACAAGCAAUCAAGUCAUCGGCGUGUCAACUAUUAUUCAACAGAGAGGCUCUUCAAGAAUACAUCCUUAUUGCAGCCCAAAGUCAAAAGGGUGGUCUUGUGGAUAAACCACCAAAAGGGCCUGAUUUUUACCAUACUUGCUAUUGUCUCAGCGGAUUGUCAACUGCACAAAAUCACGUCGUUUAUGACAUUGAGAAGGCAUCCGAGUUGGAAAGACAAGGAAAACUUAAUGCUACAGCAAGAUCUCUCUUGUGGGCUGAAGAUGUUUCAGGGAGACUCGUUAUAGGAAAAGAAGAGAAUCUCGUGGUAUGUAAACGAAGUAUUUUGGAUGAAAAAUAG